CCGUUCCGCUCCGCGCCCGCCCGCCCAUGGUGCUGCCCGCGUCGGCCGGCAUGUCGCGCUCCGACGAGGUGCACCGGCUCACGGAGAACGUGUACAAGACGAUCAUGGAACAGUUCAAUCCCAGCCUCAGAAACUUCAUUUCCAUGGGGAAGAACUACGAGAAAGCCUUGGCAAGUGUGACCUUCGCAGCAAAGGGAUACUUCGAUGCUCUGGUUAAGAUGGGGGAGCUGGCCAGCGAAAGCCAAGGCUCUAAGGAACUGGGGGACGUGCUGUUCCAGAUGGCAGAAGUUCACAGGCAAAUCCAGAACCAGCUGGAAGACAUGCUGAAGUCCUUUCACAACGAGCUCCUCAUACAACUGGAGCAGAAGGUUGAGCUGGACUCCCGGUACCUCAGUGCUGCACUGAAAAAAUACCAGACAGAGCAGCGGACCAAAGGAGAUGCACUGGACAAGUGCCAGGCAGAGCUGAAGAAACUUCGCAAGAAGAGCCAAGGGAGCAAAAACCCGCAGAAGUACACGGACAAGGAGCUGCAGUAUAUUGAAGCCAUCAGCAACAAGCAAGGCGAGCUAGAAAGCUACGUCUCCGACGGCUACAAGACAGCGCUCACAGAAGAGAGGAGGAGGUUCUGCUUCCUGGUCGAGAAGCAGUGUGCCGUGGCCAAAAACACCAUCACCUACCACGCCAAGGGGAAGGAGAUCUUGGCCCAGAAGCUCCCGCUGUGGCAGCAGUCUUGUGCCGACCCCAACAAGAUCCCGGACCGGGCCAUACAGCUGAUGCAGCAGAUGGCUGCCAGCAGCAAUGGGACCAUCCUGCCUGCCCCUCUGUCGACGUCCAAAUCGAACCUCAUCAUCUCAGAGCCCAUCCCUGGUGCCAAGCCGCUCCCAGUCCCACCAGAGCUGGCCCCGUUUGUUGGGCGAAUGUCAGCGCAGGAAACCAUCCCCGUGAUGAAUGGUGUCUCGGGCCCUGACAGCGAGGACUACAACCACUGGCAGGAGAGGAAGCCGGCCCAGUCAAAGCCCUUGUCUCCCCCGCAGCCCCAGAAGCUGAGUGACUCCUACUCCAACACGCUGCCUGUGCGCAAAAACGUCCAGCCCAAAAACAGUUAUGCAGCAACUGAGAACAAGACUCUGCCGCGCUCCAGUUCCAUGGCCGCCGGGCUCGAGAGGAACGGUCGGACACGAGUACAAGCCAUUUUCUCUCACGCUGCUGGGGACAACAGCACCCUCCUGAGCUUCAAGGAGGGGGAUCUCAUCACACUCCUGGUGCCCGAGGCCCGGGACGGCUGGCACUAUGGAGAGAGCGAGAAGACAAAGAUGAGAGGCUGGUUCCCCUUCUCGUACACGCGGGUUCUGGACAGCGAUGGAAGCAGCAGAGUUCACGCCAGUUUGCAGCCAGGGAAAAGCAGCAGUACAGGCAACCUGCUGGAUAAGGAUGACGUCGCCAUCCCGCCGCCGGACUACGGCAUGUCCUCACAGGGCUUCCCCCCCCAGAACGCCAACGCUUUCAAACAGCGGCCGUACAGCGUGGCAGUGCCUGCCUUCUCCCAGGGCCUCGAUGACUACGGGACAAGAUCUGGUAGCAGCCCUGAUGUGGAAGUGGCCAGGUUUUGAGAGGCCCCCCUGACUAGUUAAAACCCUUUUGCCAACGUCCAGCUGAAACCCACGGUGACGAACGACAGGUCGGCUCCACUCCUCAGCUGAGUCCUGGCAUCAGGGGACAGCCAGCGCCUCCCCCACCCAGCCGUGCCGGACACGGGCUGUAUCCUCACCGCUGCUUGCAUGUCCGUCUGUCCAGAAUGGCCGUCUCCGGCGCUUUGGUUUCUGGUUCUUCUAACCUGCUGCUUGAAAGCGGAAAGCGAAAGCCUUAGCCCCUGACUCUCUCUCUCUCUCCUUUAGCUCCAGUGCAGCCACCUCCACGAUGAGGGGGUAUCUCGGGUCCCGCGCAGUCUGUCCUUUGCAUGUCAGGACGUGCCACGGCAGUGCAGGUCCUUAGCAAGCCGCUGCAUGCUACAGCUCCCUGCCUCUGUCCUGAAGCUGGAAAGCUAAGGGCCAGAGAGAGUGGCCUCAGACCAGGCACAGGCCUCCGGAGAGGAGCCACGCUUGGUGCAAUAGUGAGACCUCUGUGCAGCCACGAGCGUGUGCCUAGAUUCUCCUGAGUGGGGAACGCUACGGUGGCUUCUGCCCUGCCGCCCUCCUACCAUCUCGGAAAAGGCUGGGCCUUCGCUCCCAGCGGAGGGACAUGUGCUGCAUUUAGCUUGUUCAGGUGCCUUUUAGAGCUGCUUUGGGAUGGCUGCAGCCCCAGCCCCGCACAAGCCCCCAGCGUCAGGGGGGAAACACAAGGGGUGCAGGAUGACUGGGGUGAGGAGAGGCAGGGAGGAGCCUGCCACAGCCCCCGGCUGCAUGGAGCUAGUGUCGGUGACUGAAGGGAGAUGCUAGCUCCGGCUGCCUGUCCUGCCCCGGCCUCUGGGACAUGAGCAUUUUAAUCGCCGUCUGCCCCAUCCUGGUAGCCACAACCUAGCACGCGGGUAAGAUCGGCCGUGCAGUGCCCCGGCAGACCGCCCCAGAGGGUGGGCCUGGGGGGCGGGGAGCGACGGGAGCAGAGACUGCAGCAUUGAUGCUAGUGCAGGAGCAUUGAUCAGGCUUCCCCACCCGUGCACUGCUGACACGGGGAGCUGGAGCCUGCUGCCGGCUGCAUUUAUUAUUGAGGUCCCCAUCCUGGCUUCGGC